AUGGAGGAUUUAUCGCAUUAUGAUAAUGGACAGCCAUCUGGAUUUUCAUUCAACGAUUCGAUGAUAUGUUUGAAACAUCUGGCUCUAUUUCAUAUUUGGAAUUGGAAUAAUCCAAUACCAAAAGGAGGUGCUAAAUUGUGGAACAUUGGUGGUUAUUGGACAGGAGACAAAGAAGCGAACAAGAAUGAUAUACGAAAAGCUUGGGAUUUGACUGUACAAAAUUUUCAUAAUGAGCUUCAAAUAUCGGAAUUGUCAAAAAAUUUUGGUUCUGUAUUGGAAUCACGAUUAAAUGAUAUUACAUUUGCCUUCAAUAAUUUACAACCACGUACAAUUAUCCAUGGUGAUUAUAAAAUAGCAAAUAUUUUUAUCAAUCGUAAUUCAACUGAGAAUCAAAUAUAUGCUAUUGAUUGGCAAUGGUGUGGCAUUGGACAUGCUGCUAUGGAUGUAGCUGCUUUUAUAGCUACAUCAAUUCAUGAAAAUACAAUUGAAAAUUCAUUAGAACUUGUCCGUUUCUCUUAUAAAAUAUUAAUUGAUAAUGGAAUUUCAUAUUCAUGGGAACAAUUUUGGCAAGCAUAUCAAAUAUGUUGGAUUGAGU